AACAUGAAAGCCCAUAAACAAAUAUAGGCUGCUUCCUUCCUUUGUUGUCAUUCUGUACUCUCUCCAAUCCAUCACAGCCUCAAGAACCUCUCUCUCUCUCUGGUACACUGAGAUCGACUGUUCCAGCCUUUCGCCGAUUUGAUUUCUUGAAGAAAGGGUUGGAAUCAGAUACAGCCGUGAUGGGUUUCGUGAUUACAACUCUAAUCUUUGCUGUUGUGGGUAUAAUUGCAUCUCUUCUGGUCCAACUCUGCUUCAGCAGAAACACUUCUAGCUCUACCAGUCUGCUUCACUUGACAUUGGUUGUCACAGCAGUAGUAUGCUGUUGGAUGAUGUGGGCAAUUGUUUACCUUGCACAGAUGAAACCAUUAAUAGUUCCAAUCCUCAGUGAAGGAGAGUAAGUUGAAUAAAGAAAAUGUACCAUCAAUAUGUUUCUGCAUACUAGAGGUUUCCCUUCAUUGUUUCGAACUCCAUACGGGGUAGUUGUGUACUUUUCGAAGAGAAUUUGGCAGCCAUAUAUAUUAAGAUUGGUUUUUCUUUUUUAUAAUUUGCCCUUUUAAGUUGUUCAUUCUGAUUCAUUCUUCGGAACAAGUUGAACCAGUGAGACCUUGGCCACAGUCAAUCUGGGGUGUCUGUCUGUAACUAUGUACCUCUAUAGUUUCGAUUUUAAGUGAAAUAAAAAGGCUUUAUCGUGGAGUUUUGUUA